AUGACGUUCCCAACCCAGCAGUUGGCUGUGCUCUAUGCAGUCGCGGCGGGUACAAUCCUCGACGUGUGGUACCGCUCUGUAACCCUAUUGUUGGCAGAUCAAUCUGUGGACGACCGCGUCAAGCACGGCAUGGCCGUGGUGGUGAAAGCGACGGUAGCCCGUCAAGCUAUCGCGUACACCCAAGAGAUGGCCGAGCGCUGCGGGGCCCAGGGCACAUUCGAGAAUAACUUCAUGGCCCGCUUCGAGUCCGACGUUCGGGGGGUCAUUAUAGCUGAAGGGGACGUCCUCGUGCUCUGCAUCCGGCUCUUCUCCGAGCUUCUCCUCGGGAGAUACGCCCUUCCCUGCCCCCCCUCCACCGACUCCCCCAUCUCCCGUCUGGCACACGCCAUCAUGGACAAGCACGCCAAGGGGCUGGCCGCACUUCCGGGAGGGCACCGCUCUGCCGACGCAGAGUACUACAUCCUCCCCCAAGCCGAGAGUGCGGUCAUUGCGCUUGGCCAUGCGAUGGCAUACGCCGCGGCCCGCGACUCUGGGCGUGUCCCCCAGCCCCUACUUGCGCUCUACGAGGCGAGCGUGAUGCGGGCGUAUUCUGCGUGGUUCUCUGAGGAUUUGGGUGUGCCCCUCGCGCAGCAGCGGCAGCAGGAGACGGAUGCUCUCCGCGCUGCACUUCCAGACCUGCCGCGUUUUGCGCAGGAGCUGGGGGUGAGCGACUACGUCCGUGCGUCCAUUCUCGACGACGAGACGUGGGAGCGGUCCGUGCGACAGAUGACGGCGAACGAGAUCCCCGACCACAAGUUCUAG